AUGCCUGCUCCCACGGCCCUGAAGCAGGCUGAGGAAGCUCCGCUUCCGAUCGAAGUCGACUCGAUGAUGCCCGAUGACAACGGAAAUGACCAGACCGAUUUUGUCCUGGGAUCAACCAAUAUGGAUGCGUCCGAGAUGGACGCCGUUCUUGAGCCCGUCAAAGAUACCAACGAGGACAUGAAGAUGGAUGAAGAGGGUCGUCCGCAGUUUGCACCCGCCAGGGAUAUCGACCCUGUCACGCGAGUCGAGACACGAAAGAUCCCCGUGCCGCCCCAUCGCAUGACACCCCUCAAGCAGGCCUGGAGCUCCAUCUACCCGCCGCUGGUUGAGCACUUGAAGCUUCAGUGCCGCAUGAACAUCAAACGGAAGACGGUUGAGCUGAGGACUUCCAAGCACACAGCCGACUCGGGAGCUCUACAGAAGGGCGAGGAUUUUGUCAAGGCCUUCACGCUGGGCUUCGACGUCGACGACGCUAUCGCCCUGCUCCGUCUAGACGACCUGUACAUUGAGACGUUCGAGAUCAAGGACGUCCGUACUAUGCACGGUGACAGCCAGUCGCGCGCUAUUGGUCGCAUCGCCGGAAAGGAUGGAAAGACCAAGUUCGCCAUCGAGAACGCCAGCAGGACGAGAAUCGUCCUUGCUGACGCCAAGAUUCACAUCCUCGGUGGUUUUAAGAACAUCCACAUGGCCAGAGAGUCGGUCGUCAGCCUGAUUCUCGGUAAGCCGCCUGGAAAGGUGUAUGGAAACCUCAGGACGGUGUCGGCGCGCAUGAAGGAGCGCUUCUAG